AUGGGAAAUUGCAUAUUGAAAGGGGCAGGUGCAGGAGGAAGAGAAGCAGAAGUAAACAAAAUGGUGAAAGUAGUGACGGUUGGUGGGGGAAUCAUGGAGUUGUAUACGCCAAUAACCGCGGAGUGUAUUACGGGUGAAUACCCAGGGCAUGCCAUUUUCAAGAGCCGAAGCAUAUUCUCGGAGGCGCUUCACCACAAAGAGGAGCUUGAGGGCGGCCAAGUCUACUAUCUCCUGCCCCUCAACCAAUACAUGCCCAACCAUAACCACAGUGUAUUAUCCACGCCGUAUCGGAUGUCCACCGCCGAGUCCCAAACCAAGCCAGAUCAUGUAUUGUUUCCAAAGUACAACAACGCGGGUGUGUGGAAGGUCAACUUGGUGAUUUGCCCACAACAACUUUCACAAAUUUUGUCUCAACAUAAUCGCACCCAGGAGUUGAUUGACAACGUCAGGACCGUAGCCAAGUGUGGAAACGCCCUCGAAUCUGCUUCCAACUCCGACCAUUCCAGCGUUGCAGGUAGUUGGAAGGAUAAACCCCACUAUGGAUUCAAAUGA